AUGGCCUCUCCAGUGCUCACAACAGCUGAUGGCCAUAACACAGGCUCCAGCCUCUCUGGUCAGUAUGAUGCCUCACCACACUCAGACAGCCCAGAAAUUGCAGAGGAUCAAUCGCCGAUCAAUGAUGUCGCCGACGACCAGGGGCCAAAGCCACAGCCUCUGCAAAAGAGGCGGCGUGUAACCCGUGCAUGCGACGAGUGUCGACGCAAGAAAAUCAACACGUACGACCAACCGUCAAACCGUAGGCGAAAUGCAACCCCACAGUACAUUGAGGCUCUUGAGGGCCAAUUGAAGCGUGCCAAAGCUCUGUUGCACGUUGUGUUUCCGACCAUAGACCUGAACGAUCCUAGCAUUGACGCCCACCUCCAAAAUGGACUGCUCCCACAACUGCCUGUAGCAGCGCCGCGUCCGCCGGUGAUGCCCACUGACCCCCGCUUGUCGCACCACGCCAACCCACAGGUCGAGGCGGCGGAUGACUCCCACCUGGAGGCGAUGGUCAAAGCCACAGGUCAGCUAGAUCUGGACGAAGAGGGCAAUUGGGAUUAUCACGGCCAUUCUUCAGGGCUCAGCUUCAUGAGAGGAUUGCGACAAUUCGGAGACAUGUUUCAAGCGCCACCAGAUUCCUCACCGUCCCUCAAGCACCGUAAUAUGUCUGUAGAUCCUCCCUCGCCAUCCUCGCCACGAUCGCCAGCUGCACCCUCGACUGCGCUACCAUCUGGGACGGAGCUACCGAACAAAAAGGAAGCUAUCAGCUUGUGCGAGAACGCUAUCAUCGACGCUGGUGCAAUGCAGAGAGUUGUCCAUUUGCCAACCUUCUACAAGCAAUUGGAUCGCAUGUACGAGAUUCCUGCCGAAAGCUACACAAACGCGGAAAACAGCUUCCUGCCGCUAUUGUAUGCCGUGCUUGCGCUAGGCAAGCUGUUCUCACAAGGCGAGCACGAGGUGGACAAGUCAAACUAUGAGACAGUAGUCGACGAAGGUUUCCGGUAUUUUAAAGCUUCUCGUCAACUCCUCGACAUCACAGACUGCCGCGACCUGACGUCACUACAAGCCAUCGUUUUUAUGAUACAAUUCCUACAAUCUUCAGCCAAGCUCAGUACCUGUUACGCAUACAUUGGAGUUGCUCUUCGAUCAGCUUUGCGCAUGGGUCUGCAUCGGUCAUUCAACAGCAGCUUCAGUCCUAUCGAGGCUGAAACUCGCAAGCGCUUGUUUUGGGUCAUUCGACGAAUGGAUACAUACGUGGGCGCAAUGCUCGGGCUACCACGAUUUUUGGAGGAUGAGGACAUCGACCAAGACUUCCCAAUCGAAGUGGACGAUGAAUAUAUCACAGAGACUGAGAUCCUACCCAUGCCGGAGGGUACCAUCUCUGUGAUGUCCGCCUUCAACGCUCACACAAGGAUUGUGCAGGUACUCAGUAAGAUCUGCAGAUAUGUUUACCCUAUUAAGGGUACUCAGUCUGGCGGCAAGAACUCGGUAACAUACACAGUCAAGUACUCCAAGAUUCGCGAACUUGAGCAAGAUCUGGCGCAGUGGCUCGAUGAGCUGCCCAUGGCCCUCAAGCCUGGAGGCGAAGCACCACCCAUCAUCAUUAGAGUGCAACAACUGCUUCGCAUGGCUUUCGGUCAUGCCCAGCUUCUGCUGUAUCGCCCGUUCCUACACUACGUAUCAUCGACAUACAAAGACAACACGACCGACCAGCGAGCAUUCGCAUGCGCCUCAGCAUGCGUGAGCGUGUCGCGCAACAUCAUUCACAUCACCUCUGAGAUGAGGCGACGUGGCUUGCUGGCUGGAGCGUACUGGUUCUCCAUGUAUACCACGUUCUUCGCCAUUGUUUCAAUCUUGUACUUCGUCUUGGAGAACCCUAACAGUUCUACCAGCCUCGAGCUACUACGAGAUGCAGCAGAGGGUAAGGAAGUACUAGCGUACUUUGCUAAGAGGAGCAUGGCGGCCGAUAGGUGCAGCUCAGCACUCAACAGCAUGUUUGAGCGUCUUCCUGAAGCAGUCAAGCAAGGAAGAGAACUCCAUGAGUCUAGGAAGCGCCGCCAAGAUAGCUCACCACAGUCGCUGGGCUCCCGACCGCAACUUAUCGAAAGCGAUAUGACGAUGCCGCGCCGCGCCAGCACCUUCCCUGAGAGCCACCCUGAUUCCAAGCGCACUGCUCCUGGUCCCUCUCUGCCGAUUUCUCAGUCACACUACGCUAGUCUUGGAUUGGAUCCGUCUUUCAACUCACCAUCACCAUCAAACGCAGACUUCCUUGAAGCAGUACCUGGCCUCACGUCCACAUCUGCUAGCGCAAGUCUAGGACAGUUCGGUGCCCUACCAACUCGCCCUUCGUUCCCGCCUACGCCAUUGUCAAAUUCGUUCACAGAUCCCUUGGGUCUGAACGUUCCAAUCUCGGAUAUCUCGACUAUGAUGUUCCCUUCCGCCGAUCCUCUGGCCUACCCGAACCCGCCAAUGACCACAUUCGAAAACAAGCAUCCUCAAGCGUUCGACCGCAGGCUCGAAUCUCCGUCUGUGGUCGGUCCCACUUCUGGCAUCGAUAUGAAAUCUUAUUCCGCCAUAUUCGCUCCAAGCAGCAUGCCCACAGGUCCUCCACGUCGCCACGAAGGUGAAGCACAGCUCUUUGGCCCCAUGCCCAUGUACUUGAUGCAGGCUGCACAUGCCCAAAGAGGCCACCCGCUUCAAUCUGGCAGCCCCAGCAUGCACCACAUCCCAGGACAGAACAUGCAGUUUGAUGAACUACUUAAUCAAGAAGCGUGGGCGCAAUCGUUCAUGGAUCCUGGCAUGGAAAUGCCUAGCUCGAGGACGCCGUUUGGUGGAAAUACGCAGUUUCAGCCGCCUCAACCGGGGAUGGGUGGCUGGCGAUGA